AUGGUCUUAAAAAACAUUCAAAUACAAAACAAAGCCAGUGUUAGACAUGUUUCAGCAAAAUUAAAAAGAUUAGGUUGGCAAACAUCACCAUCUUCAGUUUAUAGAGUUGCAAAAUCAGCUAAUUUGAAAUGGUUCAAAAAACAAAGAUGUCAAAAGUUGACAUAUGAGAAUAAAAUGCAACAUAUUUCAUGUGCUAAAAUAUUGAGAAAAAAUUUUGGUAUUACAAAAAGAUCAAAGAACUGGAUCUGGAAUCAAACUAUUAAUAUAGAUUUUUCAGGGAAAUUUACUUUAGAAUCACAUUCAAAUCCACACAAUGAAUAUAUUUGGACAAGAGAUGCUGAUGAAAUAUCACCACCACACCGUAAUCGACCAAAAAACAAGUUUGCGAGUGGUGUUAUUUUUUGGGGUGGUAUUUCAUACAACGGUGGAGUUCCUAAAAAUGGUCACAUUGAUGUUACCUCAUGGUUACAAAAAACAAGUGAAAGAUAA